CGAAGAAGGAAAACAAAGAAGAAGAAGAAGAGAAAAAUAAAAGGGCAUUAAAUAAAAGAGAGAAGUCAUUUAUUCUAUGUUUGGCGCGUAUAUUAACCACCACCGGCAAAACACCCACAAAAAAGGCGAGCACGCAUAAAGAAAGAUCAAAACUUCCCCCAUCCCCCUUCCCUUCCAAAAAUCCAACCCAAACAAAAAAAAAGUUAUACACUCCUUUCGAAUUUUAAGCCCAAAACAAAAUUGAAAAGAAGAAACAAAAAAAAAGGUUUCAGCUUUAAGGAAAGAGAUCAAGCGACUGAGAGUGGUGGUGUUUGAGACAGAACCAACCCACGAUCUGUGGGUAAAACAAAAAUGGAGCGGUACGGUGGCGCCGGAGAAGAAGAGCCGCGGUCGGAUCCAUCACUUGAAUGGACAGCUCCAGGAAACGAAGCCGGUAUCGAAGCUUCGAUGUGGCGGUUAGGGUUGCGAGGCGGAGGUGGUGGUGCUGCUGAUUCGUUCCCGGAGCGACCUGAUGAACCUGAUUGUAUCUAUUAUUUACGAACCGGUGUCUGCGGAUACGGGUCUAGGUGUCGGUUCAAUCACCCACGAAACCGUGCUCCGGUCUUGGGAGGUCUCAGAACAGAAGCUGGUGAGUUCCCAGAGAGAAUGGGACAGCCCGUGUGUCAGCAUUUUAUGCGAACGGGAACUUGUAAAUUCGGUGCUUCUUGCAAAUAUCACCAUCCUAGACAAGGUGGAGGAAGAGGAGUAGAUUCUGUUACUCCUGUCACACUAAAUUACAUGGGAUUUCCAUUACGCCCGGGGGAAAAAGAAUGCUCCUAUUUCAUGAGAACCGGUCAGUGUAAAUUCGGUUCAACCUGUCGAUUUCACCAUCCCGUCCCUCCUGGUGUACUAGCUCCAUCGCAGCCGCAGCAGCAGUUAUCCGCUGGGCCAACUAUGUAUCCAUCACUUCAGUCUCAGUCCGUUCCUUCAUCGCAGCAAUACGGGGUAGUUCUAGCAAGGCCUCAGCUUUUGCCAGGCUCAUAUGUUCAAAGCCCUUAUGGUUACGGUCAAAUGGUACUUCCGCCCGGUAUGGUCCCGUACUCUGGCUGGAACCCUUACCAGGCUUCUGUAAGUGCAUUACCUUCUCCUGGGACUCAGCCGUCAAUGGGAACCAGCUCUGUUUAUGGAAUCACCCCGUUAUCUCCUUCUGCGCCUGCAUAUCAAUCCGGUCCAUCUUCUACCGGUAUUUCAAAUAAAGAUCAAACUUUUCCUCAGCGGCCUGAACAACCCGAGUGUCAAUACUUUAUGAGAACCGGAGAUUGUAAAUUCGGAUCCUCUUGCAGAUUCCAUCAUCCUAUGGAAGCAGCAUCUCCUAAGGAUAUUACCCUCAGCCACAUUGGCCUCCCACUUCGACCUGGAGCAACGCAAUGCACUCACUUUGCUGAACAUGGGAUUUGCAAGUUUGGCCCUGCCUGCAAAUUUGACCACUCCAUGGGCUCUUCUUCACUAAGCUACAACACCUCCGCUGCUUCUUCGCUCACCGACACGCCCGUUGCGUCUUACCCUCUUGGGUCCUCCUCGCUCGGUACACUAGCUCCAUCAGCCUCGUCUGACCAACGAACGGAGGUUCUCUCUUCCAGCUCUGUUAAUCCUAUAACCACAACAACUGGUGGUUCAGAAACUGUGGCCUCCGAAGUUUCUCCUUCUUCUACAACCAGCUGUGUCAGCCAUCCCGAGCCUGCUGAGACCAGUAAAGGUGAUUCAGCUAGCACUGAUGCUAAGACUUCGAGUUAAAAAAAUACAGAACACAAAAGGAGAGAAGAGAAUCUUACUCUAUUCUUCUUAGAUAAUUCUCUCAUCUCUCUAUUAUUCUCUCUAUCUCUCUUCUUCUUCUUUUCAUCAAACUCUCGUGAAUUCAGGAACAUAAAAAAGGAUAUUUUUUGGGUGGAGAGACGACGACAACAGGAAGGAAAGCAGAGCGCUCUCUUUAGUCUUGUGUGUUAUGUCUCUUCUCUUAGGUCUCUCUUACCAUGUCCAUAUUAUUCCUUCAUACGGCCAUGUCUGUCUCUGUUACUUUUCUUUCUUUUUUUUUCUUUUGGAACCAAUAUUAUAAUAAAUGGCCUUUAUUAUUCGCAUAAAUUCUCUGAUUCCUGUAUAUCCCCUGUUUGAAUGAUAAAUUCAUCAUCGUGUAUAAUAUGAUAUGAUCU